GCAGACACACGGUGACUCUGGCUGGUCUGUUGUUUGUUCUGCUUUCCGGAAAACGAGCUCUGAUUCCAACCAGCUGUUUCCCGCCUCACACAGAUCAGCUGCACACACACACUCGUAGUAGGCGGAGGCAAGAAGCCACACACACACUGGAGGGAACCCCAUCAGCUGUGGAAAGCAACACAGCUUGAAUUUACUUUUUAUUUUUCCAGCGCUCUUCUUCAGGCUAACCCGCUUUUGAAGUGGUAUUUUAGACAUGCGCCAGUGAGGAGUACGACCAGAAGUCUGAGUCUAAACAAGCCUUAUUCUCUUUUAACGAGGAGAAGCGGUGGAGGGAAACGAAAACAGAAAAUACGGACUACAGAAGGUGGCUUUGAAAGCAUGGAAUAUUUCAUGAUGCCGACAGAGAAGAUACCGUCCUUACAGCAGUUUAAGAAGACGGAGAAGGAUGUUAUCGGGGGUCUUUGCAGCCUGGCCAACAUCCCCCUCAGCCCGGAGACAGCCCAGGACCAGGAGAGACGAAUCCGCCGUGAAAUCGCCAACAGCAACGAGCGCCGGCGUAUGCAGAGCAUCAAUGCAGGAUUCCAGUCACUCAAAACACUCCUGCCGCACACAGAUGGAGAGAAGCUCAGCAAGGCGGCCAUCUUGCAGCAGACAGCAGACUACAUCUUCACCUUGGAGCAGGAGAAGACACAGCUCCUGGCACAGAACAACCAGCUCAAGCGCUUUAUCCAGGAGUUUAGCGGCUCCUCACCUAAAAGGAGGCGAGCAGAGGAGAAGGAUGAAGGGAUCGGUUCUCCAGACACACUGGAGGAGGAGAAAGUUGAAGAGCUGAGGAGAGAGAUGUUGGAGCUUCGGCAGCAACUGGACAAGGAGCGUUCGGCUCGUAUGCAGCUGGAGGAGCAGGUGCGCUCUCUGGACACCCAGCUGCACCCAGAGCGUUUGAAGGUGAUCACCCAGCAGGUGGAGGAGGAGCAGGCACUUAUCCAGAGCCAGACGCUGCUAAGGCUACAGCAGAUCCACGCCGCUGACAGGCAAACACACAGUCCACAGGUGUUGGCUCCACCCACUCCCCCUGCCCCAACCCACCACCCCACCGUCAUUGUCCCAGCUCCAACACUAACCCAGCCCCAUCAUGUCACUGUGGUGACCAUGAGCCCGUCUGUCCACACCAGCACUGUGUCCACAUCCAGACAGAACCUGGACACCAUUGUGCAGGCCAUUCAACACAUUGAACGCACUCAGGAGAGGAGAGCCAGCGCAGAGGAGGAGCAGAGGCGAGCGGUCAUCGUUAGCCCCGCCCACGUCACCAUGGACACCGCCUGCUCAGACACAGACACGGACACAGAGGGAGAGGACUGCUCGAUGAACUGAUGCACCCCAUGAACUCACACACAAAACACUUAAAAUACCUUCUCACUGUAAGAUUCCCUCCAGGAGCUUGACUACUUUUUACAAAAAAAAAUUCUGUCUUUGGCAUUAUCCAAACUCCUAAAUCCAGUGGUUAAGCUCUGUGUCGGUCGUGUACUGUAAAAUCUCUGAAUAUUGAAAACAUAGGAUGGUCAGCAUGCGGAGGAGGCCCUGUGGGAUUUCUUGAGGCUGUUUUUCAAUGUCAGAGCCGGUCUGUGGCUACUUGAAAACUUAAGGGUCUUCUCAUGAAAAAAAAAAACUAAAAAAAAAAAAAAAAAGCUAUCAGCAUCGCUCCGCCCUUCAUGUGUGUUUUAAUGUGUGCAGUAUCAAAGUUUCCCAUCUUCACUGGCACACUGACAGUAUUACUUGUGCUACAAAAGAAUGGAGUCGGUCUAGUGGAGAGAUGAAUGUAACGACACAAUAAGCAAGCAGCUCUUGAUUCUGCAGAGUUGCAGAUUCUUCCCCUUGUAUUUUUUUUUUUUUUUUUGUAUUUUAGUGCCACUGGCCGUGACCCAAACUUAAACUACACCUGAAGUCAUUUCUAAAUUUCAGAAUUUGGGAAAUAUUCACUUAAUUGCAGAGUUUAAUUUGAGGAUCCACGUUAAAUGAAAUGAUUUACUUGAAAGAAUGUUUCUGAUGUCUAAAUAAGCCCUUAAAAAUAAGCUGUUGAACAAUUUCCAUUUUAAAAGUUUUGUUUGCAUUUGUUUUGUGUGUCAGGGUUACUGAAUGCUGAAGGUAAACAUUUUUGUUUUAUUGAGAUUAACAAAUUGGACGUUGGUCAGGUUUUUAGAGGGAACCGCGGAGAUGACUUUCACUGAAGUCUGAUUCCAGUUUUGAGCCAACUAUCAUCAUUUAUCAUCUACUCAUGAGAGUAGAUGAUCAUUUUUUUUCAAGAACCAAAUGUUGGUUCGUUGCGUGAAACCAGCUCAUGAUUAUUCUCAAAUAUUUGAGUGAGUCAGACUUAAGUCACUGCAUGUGAAAAUGAAUUUGGCUGAUGCGAAAACCUGAAACAGAUUUGGAUGAUUCACAUGUUAAUGUGGAAUGAAGGCUUCCGGUUUUCCUCCAAAGACUUAAGUCUAUCUUCUGGUCUUGGUUUGUUGAUUUCGGUGACUAUGCACUAGCGUUUUUUGGUAUUUAUGCAAUUCCAUCUUCAGUUCAUUUGUUGGUGUCAUUUAUACAUGAGGUGAAGUUCUCUAUGCACCGUUGGUAGGUGUGUCCAUUACACCUACAGUAUAUGUAUGAAACUUGACAUACUCGUAUCAAAGAAUGUAGACUCUACUUGCAAGGUGCUCUUUGUCAACCUGGUGCUCUGCUGUUGAGCAGUGAGCUGAGGCCAAAACCCUUCAUGUAACUUCACAGCUGAUCACGUUUCCUACGUGUGCCUGAUUUUUCUUUUUCUCACAAAUGUAAUUUCUACUUUUGGAAUUGCUCAGAGAGGAGCGAAGAAUGGGGAGGGAGUGUCGUGGCGUUUGGACACACGUGCAUAAAUAAGCACGUGAACACCGUUUUCAAAAUCUUUAGGAAGAGGAUCUGAAAGAUUGGCAGCUUUAGUUGGAGAACUAAACACAUAAUGCGACGUCGGUGUUUUCAACGCAUCAUAAUGUGCUGCAGAAGCUCUCAUGUAAUCCCUCCACCUCUCUGUCUCCGUGUCUCUGAAAUGCACCAAGUCUGUCCACCUCAUGUUACGUUGCUUAUAUUUCUGCCGGGACUUAGACUGGAAACCCCUGCUCCGAGCCUCUCCUGUCACACUCGAUUCGAUACGCUGACUUGAUGCUGUAAACAUUCCUUUUAUUUGGAUUUGUAUCUGUCUUUUGAUCUCUUGUAUGUUCGGUUGCCAACUGAAUGCAUAUAACUAAAUGGCUGUUUUCUCUCGUCUAAAGCAGGCUUUUGUUAUGCCAUUUUGUUUUGUUUUUUUUUUUCUUUUCUUUUCUUUUCAUGAACACAUGACUGAUGCGUUCACUGACACUGUCUUGUGUGAGAUGUGUGGACACUAUUUGCUCGCCUGCAUCAGUUUUAGUUAGACUAGUGUUUUUAUGCCAAACAUUGGGGGGGACUUUUCAUAUUAUGUUAUGUGAAGAUUUGUUAAUGGGUUUUCAGUGUUGUGCAGACCGAUGUCAGGCCACAGCUGGAGUUUCAGCUGCAGUCUGUUGUUGGUCACCGCAACACUUCAGCCCCAGAUGUUUCUGUAUAUUGUGUUGCAGCACUGCUGUCUUUUGGUGGAGAUAUUUGAUAUGAAGCACUUGCUGUUCUGUACUGCCUGAAUCAACUACGAGGAACAUACUUUUUUUUGCCAUUUAUUUUUCGUAAGCUCUUCGCUGUAAUGCAAUUCAACCUGUUUCUAUGAUCUUCUGCUCUUCUGUCUUUCAUUUGUCUUUCUUGCCCUGCUUUCCAUUUUUCAGUGACAAGCAUUUUUUUUAUAUUUUGUGUGAUUUUCUUUUUUUUUUUUU